AUUCAAAAUAGAACCAUUCCAGCAAGUUUAUCACUGCAUUCCUAUCUACCUAAAAUCAUGGCCGAAUCACUCCUUUUCUCCGUUGCAGAGUCACUGCUAGGGAAGCUUGCUUCUCGUGCCGUUGAAAAAGCUUCUCUGGCCAUGGGGGUGUACCAUGAUCUACAACAGAUGAGAGUGACUAUGGCACUGGUCAAAGCCUUGCUGUUAGAUGCUGAGCAAAAGAAGCAGCAGAACAAUGCAUUGAGCGAGUGGCUGAGACAGAUUAAGCGCGUAUUUUCGGAUGCCGAAGACAUAGUAGACAACUUUGAGUGUGAAGCGUUGCGGAAGCAUGUUGUCAACACUCAUGGUAGCGUCUCGAGGAAGGUACGUCGUUUGUUCUCAACUAGUAAUCCUCUUGUUUAUCGUUUAAGAAUGGCACGUGAGAUAAAAGGCAUCAAGAACAGGUUAGAGAAGGUUGCAGCUGAUAGGCACAUGUUUGGCCUUCAAAUUAAUGACAUGGAUACUCGUGUCGUGCAUAGGAGGGAAAUGACUCAUUCCCAUGUAAAUGCCUCAAAUGUCAUAGGAAGGGAAGAUGAUAAAAAGAAAAUAAUAGAGCUUUUGCUGCAAGAUGGUAAUGACACGAGUCCCUCUGUUAUUUCUAUCGAGGGAUUCGGAGGCAUGGGAAAGACCACGCUUGCAAAGUUGGUGUUCAAUGACUUGAUCAUUGAUGAAUGUUUCCCGUUGAAGAUGUGGGUGUGUGUCUCUAAUGAUUUUGAACUUAGGAACGUGCUUAUUAAAAUCCUUAAUUCUACUCCUAACCCGAGGAAUGAAAACUUCAAAAACUUUGAGAUGGAGCAACUUCAAAAUCGUUUGAGAAAUACUCUUCAUCGUCAGAAGUUCUUGCUUGUCUUGGACGACGUAUGGAACGAAAAUCGUGUUAAAUGGAAUGAGUUGAAGGAUAUCAUAGACAUAGGUGUUGAAGGGAGCAAAAUCCUAGUGACUACUCGUAGCCACGCAAUAGCUGUCAUGAUGCGCACUAAAUCGUCUAACUAUUACCGUCUAGAAGGCCUUUCGGAAGAACAUUCCUUAUCUCUAUUUCUCAAAUCGGCUUUUGAUGAUGGAGAAGAGAGAAAACAUCCACAAUUGGUGGAGAUUGGGAAAGAAAUUCUGAAAAAAUGUGGAGGGAUACCGUUGGCAGUAAGAACACUAGGAAGUUCUCUAGUCUCAAGGGUUAAUAGACAAGAGUGGGAGUCUCUAAGAGACAAUGAGAUUUGGAAUUUACCACAAAAUGAACAAGACAUUUUGCCUGCUCUUGAAUUAAGUUAUGAUCAACUACCUUCGUAUUUAAAACGAUGCUUUGCAUGCUUCUCCCUUGCCCCUGAGGACUUUGAUAUUUCUAGUUUUUAUGUUACAUUACUGUGGGAGGCACUUGGUUUUCUUCCACAACCAAAGGAAGGUGAAACAAUACAUGAUGUUGCCAAUCAAUUUUUGCGUGAACUAUGGUUAAGAUCUUUUCUUACAGAUUUUCUAGACAUGGGAAGUACUUGCAGAUUUAAAUUACAUGAUUUAGUGCGUGAUCUUGCAGUGUAUGUUGCAAAAGGUGAGUUUCAAAUUUUAUAUCCCCACAGUCCAAAUAUAUAUGAGCAUGCCCAACAUUUGUCAUUCACUGAAAAUAAUAUGCUUGGCAUUGAUCUCGUUCCCAUAGGUCUGAGAACUAUAAUUUUCCCUGUGGAAGCUACCAACGAAGCUUUCUUGUAUACGUUGGUGUCGAGGUGCAAAUACUUGAGAGUUUUAGACUUAAGUUAUUCUAAAUACGAGAGUUUGCCUUGCAGCAUUGGAAAGUUGAAACACUUAAGAUAUCUUGAUCUUUCGGGUAACCAAAAACUUGAGGAACUCCCUCAUUCAAUGUACAAGCUCCAGAAUUUGCAAACUUUAGACCUCAGAGGAUGCAUAAAGCUACAUGAAUUGCCCAAAGGAAUAAGAAAAUUAAUCAGCCUUCGUCAGCUGCUUGUAACCACAAGGCAACCAGAAUUUCCAGAUAAAGAGAUUGCAAAUUUGACUUCUAUAGAAACAUUAGAACUCCAUUCUUGCAAUAAUUUGGAGUCAUUGUUUGAAGAGAUACAAAUUUCUACUCUUAGAUUUUUGAAUUUUUCUGGUUGUGGGAGUCUAAAGUCUUUCUCGUUUCAUGCCAUUAAAAAUUUAGAGAGUUUGGUUAUCUUCAAUUGUAGUAAGUUGGAAUUGUCAAUGGGCCUUGGCAAUGAAAUCCCUGCUUCAAGGUUAAAGUUACUUGUUCUUCAAAGUUUGUCACAACUGGUCACUUUGCCUCGGUGGUUGCGAGGAUCUGCUAGCACAUUGCAUUCCUUGUUAAUUGUUGGCUGUAACAAUCUCGAAGAGCUUCCUGAAUGGCUUUCUAAUUUGAAUUGUCUCAAACUACUUAUGAUUGAACAUUGUCCAAAGCUGCUCUCACUCCCUGAUAGCAUGCAUCACCUCACAAACCUUGAACAUUUAGAAAUUAAUGAUUGCCCUGAAUUAUGCAAAAGAUGUCAGCCAGGAGUUGGACUAGAUUGGCACAAAAUAUCACAUAUCAAACAAGUUAUCAUCGGUGAACCAGAAGAGUAGAAGGAAUUCUCACACAAACACAUUCAAAAGUUGAAGAGUUUCUGUUAAUGUUGUAGAUUUUGACUUUCUCGUGGCCUUGUCCGCAUCCUUAGCAGCAAGGCAAGGAUCAACAAUGGUUCUUGCGUACUUGUGUUGUAAUCUACACACACAUUUGAAUGACAAUCUCUUUUCUUAAUUCUUGCUGAUGGAUUAUCUGUUGAUGGACAAACUUUUCAGGUCAAUCUUUCAAGUGCAUUUGCAGGAAGAGAAUAUAAGGUCGUCACAUCUGCUUUUCAAUUGUUGCAGGCUUUGUCGGAUUUGUCCAGCCAGUGUGAAUGAUAGAAUUAGUGCAUUAACACGGUGCAAGUGAAACAUGUGGAAUUUUUCCACCAAGUAAAUAUGAAAUGGUGCAAAGGAAGGUAGAAAAUUUUCUACUUCCAACUACAUUCAUUAAUUCCACCAGGUGCAAAGCCCUCUAUAAAUUGAGGAGAGCCCUACAAUGCAAGAGCACACAAGCAAGAAGCAAAGUGAGAAGCACAUCGUCACAUUUAGAGAGAAAAUGUGAAAGAAAAAUAGAGAAAGCCUAAUAGAAUUUCUCUCAGAAAAUUAGUGAGACAAUUUGUAAAUUGUGUUAACGCAUAAAGAAAUAAAGACUAGAAUAUGAAAGA